ACACACACACACACACACAGGGGCACAGAUAUACACACCUUCACACACACACAUAGACAGUCAUUUCCACAACUUCUUAAUGGAGCACAAGCCUGUUUUGCUCAGUAGUAAAUCACUGGAGCAUGAUCCAGGACACUAGUGUUUGGAGGAAAUCAGUGAGAAGAUCCACUCAGGAACGACAUCCUGAAGAGCUUAUUAAAAAUACCUAUCACUUCAAGGUUCUCCAGCAAGAGGAUAACAUCGAGAGUUGAUCAUUAUCAGCAAGGUGACAAUUUAAAGAGGUGUGGAAAUUGCAAAGGUGGUUCUUGGGGCAUAUCCUUCAACACUGAGCAACUGGAAGUUGUUACGCAGCAAAGAUGAAGCACGACACCAUGACCAUGACAGCACUAAACAGCAAACAAGAGACGGUGUGUAUCUUUGGCACAGGGGACUUCGGACGAUCUUUGGGGCUUCGCUUGCUUCAAGCAGGGUAUGAAGUUGUCUACGGAUCCCGAAACCCUAAUAAUUCUGCUCUGUUGCCCAAGGGGGCAAAAGUAAUGUCAUAUGAAGAGGCACCUCAGAGAGCAAACGUGAUAUUUGUGGCUGUUCAUCGAAAGAACUAUGACUUCCUGCCCUCUCUGAGACCAGUUCUUGAAGGAAAGGUCUUGGUGGAUGUCAGUAAUAAUCUGAAGAGGCAUGAGUACACAGAAUCGAAUGCUGAGUAUCUGAGCAUGCUGGUACCUGUGGCACAUGUUGUCAAAGCCUUCAACACCAUCUCAGCCUGGUCACUGCAGUCAGGGGGGCUGGAUGCCAACAGACAGGUAUUGAUUUGUGGCAACAAUGUGGAUGCCAAGCAGGCAGUAGUGGACAUAACCCACAGUCUAGGUCUUACCGCAGUGGACCGAGGCUCCCUGAGAGUGGCGUCUGAACUGGAGGAUCUCCCGCUUCAACUCUUCCCUCUUUGGAGGCUUCCUUUACGUAUCAGUGCUGGACUCCUUGGUGCCGUCUUCCUCUAUGUUCUCAUCCGAGACGUUGGCUAUGCAGGGGCUGUUGAAAAGAAAGACAAAUCCUUUCGCAUCAUGAUCUCACUGGCUAAUAAGGUGUUUCCUACGGUUGCGCUGGUGAUGCUGGCACUGUGCUAUCUACCUGGUAUCAUUGCGGCAUUUGUGCAGCUCUACAAUGGCACUAAAUACCGCCGUUUUCCUGACUGGCUGGAUCGCUGGAUGUUGUGCAGGAAACAGCUGGGAUUGCUGGCACUGGCUUUCGCUCUUCUGCAUGUGCUGUACACACUGGUGAUCCCUAUCAGAUACUUCGUUUUCCAUAAAAGGGCCAACAUUUAUAUAUCGCUGAUUAAAGAGAACAAAACAUACGAGUUCAACGAUAUGUGGGCCUGGCGCUCCGACUCCUACUUGUCCAUGGGAAUACUGGGAUUUGCAUUGUUUGUUUUACUGGGAAUCACAUCGCUCCCGUCGGUCAGCAACGCUCUCAACUGGAGAGAAUUCAGGUUUAUACAGUCUAAACUAGGCUAUUUGACCUUGCUGCUAUGCACCGCUCAUGCCUUCCUGUAUGGAUGGGAUAGCUUCCUGAAUGCCUCGGCCUACAAAUGGUGGAUGCCUUCAAGCUACAUGCUGGCUCUGGUAGUUCCCUGCGUUGUUCUGGUUUUAAAAACAAUCUUAAUUUUGCCUUGCUUGGACCGUACUCUCACUCGCAUACGUCAGGGAUGGGAGAAACCGGGCAAAGCUGGAAUGCACAAAAACGCAAAAAGCAGCCAGCCACUCAUACUAUAAACCAUGGUUCAUAUGCUUUAUGGCAAUGACGUGGCAUUGGUAUUCCUGUUGAGGAGCUUCUGCCUGCUCUGACAAACAUUUUGAAGUUACUUAUAAAUAGAAGGUCCUUAUACAGCUUGAAUACAAUUUACUCGUCUCUAUAAUUAAGCAAUAUUAUGAAAAGCUCAAGAACACAAUCAGAUUCCAGGUUGUCGGUUUGCUUGUAUGAGUUAUGACUGCAGUUUAGGUUUGAGUUAUAAUAUCUAGGCAAGAAUACACUGGAAAAUAAUAGUGUGAUUUAGUCUGCUAUAUAGAGCACUAGAGUUUAAAGGAAGUUCAUCUUUUUCAAUUCGUUUUAUCACAGCAAUUAUAGAACGGUGUUUAUCCAUUUAUUGAUAUGUUUACUGGCAUGGAAUAUCUGCAAAAAACAAGCUAGAUCAUUGACAUUAUAAUAUCACACACACUAGCGUUUCUUUCAUUCUCUUAGUUAAAAAAUAAACACGCACACAGAUUUUACCAAGCAAUGACACUGGAGACUCCUUCCAAAAAAUGCAAAAUGAACAUAUACUCACAAUAAGUGUCAACCAUACAAGCCUUUUUUACUGUAGAAUCAACACAUAGCAUAUUAUAGGUAUAUUCAUAUUUAUAUAACUCUUUUAUGUGUAUUUUAACAUAAUUCAGCCAUCAAUAUUUCAGACCAAUCAGCUGUGAUAUAAAGGAUUUUCUUUAAUCAUGCAUGAAACACCAGUGGCUCAUCAAAUCCAUUCAGCUUCAUUCGGUUUGUUUUGCGGUAAACCUUUGUUCACUGUAGUGUUCUCUGUAGUGUGCUUUUUUCCCCUCAAUUCCCAGUGUUCCUGAGCUAUUUUUCCACAAAGUUCUCCCGAUGGCUUUUUCCUCUUAAGCUAUUAUUGAUCCAACUGUGGACAGCCACUUCCUGUGUUGUGUGUCUUAAAGUUUGUUUCUGGCUUCCGAGAGACUUUCUUCUUUCACAUGCCUCACAAAUAGAUCGGUCCACAUUAUGCACAGUCUAAAUCAAUCUAAAUUAAAUGUUAUCAAACCAUUGCAGCUUGGUACUAAGGCCUCUUAUUAACCAAGUGUGAUCACCGAGUACUUAAUAAUUUAUUCAACUUAAUGAAAAGAAUAAUGUUGUGAAUUGGAAACCAACUGUGAUUUUACUGAUCCACUGUUGUCGUAUUUUACGUUGGAUUUUUAUACAGAAUUUACUUAAACUAAAUUGUAUUAAAUCUGCAUAUUAUAUAAUUUUUUUUUUUUUUUUUUUUUUUACAAAUAUCACUACUUAUGAUUUGGAAAAAAUGCCCUGAGCAAAUAUAUCUACUUUUCCAUCCAAGCAAUUUUCUUGAUGUACAAAAUUAUAGAGUUUUCAGUCUGGUGAUCUCAUAAAAUGAUCUUAUUUUUUCCCUAAAAAAUAGCAUUAAAUUGCCUGAGUGCAGAGUGCUAUGUAUGAAAUGGCUAACAGACGGUUUCCCCAAAGGAACAAGCUUACAAAUUUUUUACCUUUUACCUUGUUGUCAAUUACACAUCUAUGUGAUUUCAAUCAAGAUGAAAUUGCAUAAUGCAUUCUUAAAUGAUUUCCCGCACAUUAUCACAUUUAAUAAUGUAUUCAAUGUUCAUUUACACAUAAUAAAUAUCCAAUACAGGUCUUUUGUAUAACAUCAGGCAUAACAUUAUGACCACGUACCUGAUAUUGUGUUGCUCCCACCUUUUGCUGUCAAAACAGCCCUGACCCUUCAUGCACUGUGUAUUCUGGCACCUUUCUAUCAGAACCAGCAUUCACUUCUUCAGCAACAGUAGCUCGUCUGAUAGAUCGGAUCACACGGGCCAGCCUUCGCUCCCCACAUGUAUCAAUGAGCCUUGGCCGCCCAUGACCCUGUGGCCGCUUCCUUGGAUCACUUUUGAUAGAUACUGACCACUGCAGACCGGGAACACACCCACAAGAGCUGCAGUUUUGGAGAUGCUCUGAUCCAGUCGUCUAGCCAUCACAAUUUGACCCUGGUCAGUCUCGCUCAAAUCCUUACUUGUGCUUCUAACACAUCAACUCUGAGGACAAAAUGUUCACUUGCUGCCUAAUAUAUCCCACCCACUAACAGGUGCCAUGAUGAGGAGAUCAUCAGUGUUAUUCACUUCACCUGUCAGUGCUCAUAAUGUUAUGCCUGAUCGGUGUAUAUCAUGUAUAUCUAUACAUUUCUGUCAGUUCUCUGCACAUUAUGCAAUGUGGAUAAAUAUGCAGGGAAUUAUCAAUAUGCAAACUCUAGGAGUGAAUGCUAUGCUUGAAACGUUCUAUAUGUUUUUCAAUAAACUCCAAUGAGCUAUUUCAA